CUAGUAUUUAUUGGAUUCUGGAGAAAUUAAAACAAGAGAAAAGUAGACUUGAUGAAAUGGUAUUUUCAAAAAAUUCACCCAAAAAAGAAUCUGUGCCAAGGAAACAAAAACUGAAAAAUCCGUUUCGGUGGAUCCGAUCAAAAGUUUCCUCAAAUUUGCAUAAAAAGGACGAAGACCAUUCAAAGAUUCUACUCUUAUCAUCACUGAAAAAAGUGGAAUUGAGAAUGGAAUUGGAAGAAAAUCGACUCCAAAAGCAUAGAAAACUUCUAUCACAAAUUGAAGAAGAAGAGCGCAAAAGGAAAUCGGAAGCUCGUAUAGAAAUAUUAAAUCUGAAGAGAUGCAUUGUGGAAAACACGAAACGGGGAAUGAAACUCCGAAAACUUAUUAUAAACAGCAAACACAAAGAUGACUCAGGAAUCCACUGCCACGAUUGUAUAUUCAAUCUACAUGCAAGCAUUUGGAAAGACUCAAUCCCUGUUUUUGAAAAUCCAAUUCUAACUGAAAUUGAUGGAUUUCUACCUUGCUGCCCCACAGUGAUGGUAAUUAAUAUGAAGUAUGAAAAUCUAGAACUUGACAACAAUGACAUUGAAAUUGAUCUAAAACUAGACAGAGUGAAAACAUUGCAAAAAGAAAUUCAACACGGAUUAUUCAGAAAAACCUAUUUACAUCAAGGACGAUUUACUUUAUGAAUGUGUGAAACAAAUUUAUUAAUAUUCUACUACAAAUUGUUUUACGUUUUCGCGAAACAAGUACGUAUGCCAAUACCUUUGUUGCAUAUUUUUUAUUAUUAUUAUUGUUUGUGAAGUAUGUUAUCGCCUCAUUUU